CCAAACGACGUCGUUUAACAUUCAGACAGACACCUUUUACUCCUUCUCGUUACGACUUACGACCAAGCUCCGUACAACGUUGGACAAUGUUUUUAUAUUCUCUCUCUCUCUCUCUCUGAAAUCCAACUCACAAGAUUAAAAAGUUUCGAUUUUUCGGCAUAUAGUAACUCUGAAAUACAGUAGAGUAUAAAGGGUUUCAAUUUCACAAAGUUCUAAGAUACCCCAGAACGAACAAUGGAGGAUUCAGCUAAGCUGCGGUUGGUGAGGUGUCCCAAAUGUCAAAAUGUUCUUCAUGAGCAACCUAGUUAUUCUGUUUAUCAAUGUGGUGGUUGUGGAACUGUUCUUAGAGGAAAGGUUAAUAAUGGUAGUGGAAAUGGUGGUUUGUGGGAGGGUUUAGAUGAGGGACAAGGUGGAGGAGUUUUCGGUAAAUCGGGAAAUUCGUUCAGGAAAGAUGUAGGUUUUUUGAGUGAUGGUUCAGAUGUUGAUGUUAAGUCUAAUGGUGGUUUCUCGAGGGAGGAUCGAAGAGAUUCUGAGAGAUCGAAUAAGGAACGUGAGAGGAUUGUGAAUCGUUCGGUUGAUGGUAGUGAGAAAGGGGUUUUGGAGAGAGGAUUUGAUGUCAAUGAAGGGGGUAAAGCAAUAAGAAGGGAACAACAGGAAUCGGAUUUUCAAGUUGGAGGGUCUAGUUUUCCGAGAAGAAUGUCGAAUUGGCCGAAUGAGGAGAGAGUUGAGAUGGAAGGGUUUCGGAGAAACCAAUUGGCUGAUAUGGAAAGUGUGAGGUUUUCCACUUUGAAUUAUCCUGACGAGGGAACUUCGAGAUUUUCUUAUAAUCAGGGUGAACAAUGGAGUAAUUAUGAAGAAAUGGACGGUAUGAGUAGGGUUCGGCACCUCGAGCAAGAUCGAGCCGAGCUUCUAAGGAAGCUUGAUGAGUUAUCGAAGCAGCUGAGUAAUUCUUCUGAAAUGGUUAAUAACCCUAAAGAAAAAGGUCGUCCUGAUGACUUAAGGACGGUUCCUCCGGAUCCUCGCAGCGGCUCUGAUAUUCGAUUUCCAGAUGGUCCUUCAGGGUUGAAUCGGGCAACCCCGAGGCAAUUCUUUGACCCUAGUAAACAUGUGGCGGUUCCUCCUUAUUACAAUCAUCAUCAUGGUCCAUAUGGUUAUACAACUGGUCGUGAAAUGGCCAUGCACAACUUCCAUCCUUCGAUGCAUAACCCGGGCUAUAUUCCCAGAUAUGGAGAUCCUUUCGGAUCGCAAAUGACACGAGGUCCACAUCCGUUAUCCCGCCAAUUUCCUCAACAACCGAUGCAUCCCUACUUUCCUGGACGCUAUGCUGAUACCGGGCCAGAUUCAUAUGAACAAUAUGCACAUAAUCCUAUUCCCCAUCCGCCUUCUUGCUCUUGUUUUCAUUGCUACAACAACAAAAGAAGAGGUUCAAUGCCAGCACCACCCGCUACGUUCCUUAACAACAGAUUCCCUCUUGCAUCAAAUGAUUCUAUGUUAUACCGUAACGAGAUUCCAGGUGCAGUUACGCAACAUGCUCAUAAUAAUUCUAGAACUGCUAUACCUGAUGCAAGUUCUCAUGAGAAGCUAGUAAAUACAAGAUUGGUUAGUGACUUCGAUUCGGAGAGGGGAGGAUUUGCCGCAAGCCGUUCUCAAAAUGUAAUGCCAGCUAAUAGUAGUCAGCGGUGCCGUCCGAUAGCUGGUGGUUCUCCUUUCAUCACAUGCCAUAACUGUUUUGAACUACUGCAACUUCCUAAAAAAGUACUCGUUAAGGUGAAAAGUCGUAAGCAGAAAAUGCGUUGCGGAGCUUGUUCUUCAGAAAUGAAUAUUUCUAUCAUCAACAAGAAGCUAGUUACUUCUCAUGUGGAAAUGGAGGAAAACACCACAAGGAUUGAGGAUACCUCUAUCGAGGUUGUGAAUAGUCGUGUGUCAUAUUCUCAUGGUCAUGUGAACACAAACGGUGUUAACUUCUCGUCGGACGAUUAUUCUGGUUAUGAUUUUCAGUCACUGGAUAGAGGAUCGCCUGCCAUGGCUUCUGACCCAAGCUUAAACUCUAGAAAGCUGCAGGAGAUGCAAAGUUUCCAUUCUUCGUCUCCGAGCAUCUCAGAAGAUGAAAAUAUUUCAGAAGUUAUGGCUGCACCAAAUGAAGCCACCAAGUCCAUUCAGCCAACUAAAGCCUCUGCGUCUCCUCCUCCCGCCGGCUCACCACUUCAAGAGUAUCUUGAUCAUUCUAGUAACAACCAUGCAGUGAAUCGGUUCGGUAAAGGCAACCAAAGUGGUCGCUCAGAACAAGAGAAAGUGGUGAAACUAGAAAAGAAUUCAUCGAGGCAGAAUUCUGUGAAAGACGUAGUGCUUGCAUCUGAGAUGGAUGUCAUCGAUUAUUCCAACUCCGGGAUCUCACAGGAUACUAGCCAAGAACACGACCGUGCUAGAUCUAACAAAGGAGGUGAUUCGUUUUUCGCAAACAUUUUCAAGAAAGGCUCCAGAGGUUCCUCCCUCACUGACAAAAGUGAUGAAAGUGAAAAAUGUGUUGUUACCGUUAAUGGACAACCCUUAUCAGAUCGUGUGGUGAAGAAGGCGGAAAAGAUAGCCGGACCAAUCCAGCCAGGAAAUUACUGGUAUGACUCUCGGGCUGGAUUUUGGGGUGUCAUCGGCGGACCAUGUCUUGGAAUAAUUCCGCCAUUCAUUGAAGAGUUCAACUAUCCUAUUCCUGAUAAAUGUGCCGGUGGAAACACCGAUGUUUAUGUAAACGGGAGAGAACUUCACCAAAAAGACUUAGAUUUGCUCUCUCGUAGAGGACUUCCAAACGAAAACGAUAGAUCAUAUAUCGUUGAAAUUUCCGGGAGAGUAUUGGAUGUAGACACAGGUGAAGAGCUAGACGGCCUCGGUAAACUUGCACCAACGGUGGAGAAAGCAAAGCAUGGAUUUGGCAUGAAAGUACCAAGAUCAGCAGCUGCAUAAUCAAAGUGUAGAAAUUGAAAAAAAAAACUGUGUAAAGGUUUGAGAAAUUCAGAUUUGGAAAAAUUAAUUUGUAUUGGUUGAAGAAGAAAAUUUUGAAUUGUUUUCAAAUCACUUGAAAUUUCUUCUGUUUGUUGCAUGGAAAAAUCAAAAUGAAUGGCAGUUAGAUUAUUUGUAAUUUUUUCAUUCUUAUUUGGUGGAAAAAAAAUAUAAAUUAUUUGAGGAAAAAACAAUGUUUAUUUAUCUAUUUUCUUGUAACAAUGUUGCAUUUUAAUGUUAUAUAUAGUUCAAUCAUAGGAUUAGCAUUCUAGUAUUGUAGCAUCUAUAGUUUUAAUAAACAUGGCUAUAAAUUUUGUGUGGAUUUUAUUUCUUUCCAUUUAACCAACAAUCCAAAACCAUGUUGCUAGAUAGAACUUAAUGUGUGGAUUUUAUUUAUUUUCUUUUGGUGGUGCUUGUGGUCAUUUGAGCUAUUGAGAGACACUUGGUAGCUGGAUCAAUAGUAAUGGGCCAUGAGUUUGAGUGGUGGUGGAGAGUGCAAUUUUAUAAGAGAACUAUUUUGCUUCGCCAAUGAUUAGGGUAUAAUGAGUUGCUUUUGGUUUGAUUUUUGAGAAAAAUAAAUUCGAAAUAAUAAAAAUAUAGUUGGUUUAUUUUGCUUUUUGAAAAGUCUAGAGUUACAUAUUUGAACUUAAUAGUUCAAUUAGGCCAAUGAGAGAAAAUGGGGUUUCUUUUUCCACCCUAUAUGAUUAUCACUCAUCCCUGUGAAACUUCAAAAUACACUUUGU